GCUAUCCCUUCUCUACCACACACACCAAUCUCCAAACCCUAUAUCUCCCCAUCCAUAUAUCUCGACUUCUCCUCCGCAGCAUUCAUCUCCCUCAACAAUGAUCUUAUAGUCCCUUCUCCUUAUCCUCUUCAUUUAUUUUUACACAAGCAUUUUUUAUUAUCUUGUUUCUUAUCAAAUUACUUUUGAAAAAACAAAACAAAAUGGCUAUACCUUGUCCACCCCUUAUUGGAUCAGAAAAGCUAUCUAUAGAGUCAGGAGCUAUGUCUCCUUCAUCUCCUUCCCCGUUAAUCCUAACCCAAGACGAGCUCAAAAAAAUCGCCGCCUAUAAAGCCGUCGAGUUUGUCCAAUCUGGCAUGGUCCUCGGCCUAGGCACAGGCUCCACCGCUAAACACGCCGUCGACCGUAUCGCCGAUCUCUUACACCAAGGAAAAUUAAAGAACAUUAUAGGAAUACCUACCUCCACAAAAACCCACCAACAAGCCGUGUCUCUUGGCAUCCCUUUAUCUGAUCUUGAUUCGCAUCCCGUCGUUGAUCUUGCCAUCGACGGUGCUGAUGAGGUGGACUCGAAUCUCAAUUUGGUCAAGGGGCGUGGUGGAUCUUUGCUCAGAGAGAAAAUGAUUGAGAGUGCCUGCAAGAAGUUUAUUGUUAUUGUUGACGAGUCUAAGUUGGUGGCUCAUGUUGGUGCUAGUGGUGCUAUGCCCGUUGAAGUUGUGCCGUUUUGUUGGAAAUUUACUCAAGAUAGGCUGCAAAAUUUGUUCGAUUACGCGGGGUGCGUUGCCAAAUUGAGGACUGAUAAUGGGGGCGAAAAGGUUUCUGUUACUGAUAAUGGGAAUUACAUCGUGGAUUUGUUUUUUAAGAAGGAUAUUGGGGAUUUAAAGGUUGCUAGUGAUGCUAUUUUGAGGCUCGCUGGGGUUGUUGAGCAUGGGAUGUUUCUUGAUAUGGCAACCACUGUUAUUGUUGCAGGGGAGCUUGGGAUCACUAUCAAGGAUAAGUAGAUUGAGAUUUAGAAGAUGGAGAUUUUUUUACAAAUUUGAAAUUUUUUAAUGGGGGUGUUAAUCAAGUUCGGGAAUUCGACUGCUUUGUCAUUGUAAUAGUAUUGAUAGAGGUCGAGGGUUCCCUCCUUAAUUUUGGCUCAGAAUUUUACCAGGAAAGAAGGUUUAGGGGUUUUAGGAUUAUCUUGGCAGUUGAACAGUCUAAGCUCAUCGUAUGUCAGCUGUCAUCAGCUGUUAUUUUCAAUAUGAAAAUGAUCUUUCCUUUCA